AGCCGUUGUACCUCUGCAAAAUUGACAAGCUCGAGGUCGGGGAACUGUCUGACAGCCUUGGCAAUGUCGACCUGGGGCGGGUAGUACUUGACCAUGGAGGGCCCACGGAGACGCGCGCGGAGGUAUUUAGCGCCCGUGCGGAUGGAGUCGGGGUUGUAAGAGGUCUGGAAGACGGCGCAGCGCGUGCGCACUAGCUCAGCAACGCGCGAAGGUUUGACGAGUGCGGAGAGGGCCAUCGUUGGCGGUGGUGAGCUCGAGUGAAAAAGUCGAGCGGGACGGGGAGGAUUGAGCGUUGCCAACAGGGACAAACAACGCCCGAGAAUUUCGCGACUCCUGUCUUUCGCGUCCUCGACGUUUUUGUCUUGCAGCGUUCGUCCACUUUUUCCUUUUUCUCAUUUGUUUCAUGCUUUCACGAUGUCGACGCUCGCUCUCAUCUACACUUCAGCACGACAGCUGGCUCCUCCUUGAAGCAUCCUAUCCCCGGGCUGCUGCUACACACAUCGCCUCUUCAUCUUCUACCACAUUCCGUCGCUGGCGCACAGGCAAGGCUUCAAAGAGCUUUGCUCAAAACCAAAAGCAGAAAACCCAAGUAGCCUUCGGCGGCCGACCCAAACACGGCUUCGGCGACGCCUUCCUCACCGAACGUCUACCCAACACCAAAUCCAAUGGCCCUGGCAAGAGCAAUGCGGGCAGAGCGCCGCGCAAACCCCCACCCAACCCCGACCCCUACGGCAAAGCCCUCAGCUUCCCGCCCAACUGGAGCAUAUCCCGCGCGCUCGAGUCCCGCGUCGGCGUCUGGUCACACCUCCCGCACGUCCACCGGCGCCUCGUCGCAUUCGGCGUGCCCGACGCAGACAUCGAGCCCAUCCUCGACGCAUUCGUGCGGCAGAUCGAGCAGGAGCAGCUCCUCCAGGACCCCGAUAUCGCAGAAAAGUACGACAUCGAGCGGCUCGCGAUCGACAGGGACGAGCUCGCCAAGGGGCGCGCGCUGGACGAGGCCAUGACGCAGCUGCUGUACACCUGGGCGGCGGACCCCGCCACGUCCCCCACGCUGCCGUCCACAGUCAGGCGCGAGUCGCUCGCGCAGAUGGCCAACCUCGCGAAGACGGCGGACCUUUCGUACCCGGCGGAGUGGUUCCCCGUCGCGCGUGCGAUGCGCAGGAAGGUGAUCAUGCACGUUGGCCCGACCAAUAGCGGCAAGACGCACAACGCGCUGCGUGCGCUCGCGGCGGCGCGGUGCGGCGUGUACGCGGGCCCACUGCGUCUGCUCGCGCACGAGAUCUGGGAGCGGCUGAAUAAGGGGCAGAUCGUUCCCCUGGGCGAGACGCCCGAUGCGGACGCGCGGCCGGACGAGAACACCAAUUUCGACCUCGAGCCCAAAAGCGCGGGCGCGGGCGCGGCGACGGCCGCGACGGUGGCGGUGACGAAAGACGGGCACGCCAAGUACGCGCGCGCGUGCAACCUCCGCACGGGCGAGGAGAUCCGCAUCGUCGAGGACUUUGCGGAGCUCACGAGCUGCACCGUCGAGAUGCUCGAGCUCGAUGCGCAGCCCGACGUUGCUGUGAUCGACGAGAUCCAGAUGAUCGCGGAUCCGGAGCGCGGGCCUGCGUGGACGCAUGCUGUGCUCGGGCUGCCUGCGAAGGAGCUCCACCUGUGCGGCGAGGAGACGGCGGUGCCUGUUGUCGAGGCUAUUUUGCGCGACACGGGCGACGAGCUGAUUGUCAAUCGGUACGAGCGGCUGUCGCCGCUCAGUGUGGAGGAGAGCUCGCUCGACGGAGACUGGGGGCUGGUCAGGAAGGGCGACUGUGUGGUCACGUUCUCGAGGACAGGGAUAUUCAACAUCAAGCGCGAGAUCGAGGAGGCGACGGGAUUGCGGUGCGCGGUCGCGUACGGCAAGCUGCCGCCUGAGAUCAGGAGCGAGCAGGCGGCGCUGUUCAAUGAUCCGAACAGCGAGUACGAUGUCAUGAUCGGCUCGGACGCGAUUGGGAUGGGGCUGAAUCUCAAAAUCAAACGCGUCGUCUUCGAGACCCUCCGCAAAUUCGACGGCACGCGCGAACGCUGGCUCUCCCUCUCGCAGAUCAAGCAAAUUGCAGGGCGCGCAGGGCGCUACGGCCUGCACGCCGAAGCCGGCGGCACCGUCACCACUCUCACGCCCACCGACCUCCCCAUGUUGCACAAAGCGCUCGCCACCCCCGCACCCGCCGUCCCCUGCGCCAUCCUCGACGUCGGCGGCGCGCGCCUCGAGGCCCUGUCGCACGCGCUGCCCGCGAACGCGAGCAUGGAAGCGCACCUCCAGGUGCCGACGUACAUCUCGCGGCGGCAGCGGCCGUUCGGCGUCGUGCGGCACGCGCGGCUGCCGCAGAUCGCGGAGUUUUUGGACACGCGCGGGACGGAUCUGACGUUGGCGGAGAAGAUGACGCUGGCGUAUGCGCCGGUGGCGUGGCAGGACCAGCUGACGAUGGAGGUGCUGGGCGAGUUUUGUAGGAUGUAUCGGAAUACGGUGCUUGUUGAUCUGUUUAAGGCGCUGGAGAAGGCGCCGUUUGUCGAGACGCUGGAGGGUGUUGAGGAGCGUGCGGCUGCGCUUGCAUCUUCUGGUGUCGCUGCUGCUACCGCUGGUGGGGACGCUGGCGAGGGCAAAGUGGUGGUGGAGGCGCAAGGCGAAGAGGUGACGGAUGCACGCGAGCUGCAGAUCAUCGAGACGCUGCACAAGGUGCUCGUGCUGUACCUGUGGCUCGGCAACCGCGCACCAGCGGCGUACCACCAGACGGAGCAGGCGUUCGCGCUCAAGACGCGCGUCGAGCGUGCGCUGGACGUCGGUCUGCAGAGCAUGUCAUGGCGCCGUGCCGCGAAGGCGAAGGGAAAGGCGCGUGUGCCUCUGCCACCUUCGGUUGUAGCUUCCGCUGUCGCUGCGACUGGAGCGGGACCUGGGACGGAGGCGGGCAAGAUCCAGUGGACCCGCCUGCGAGCCAAGUCUGGGGACGACGAGAAGCGGGAGUUGGCGGUGAAGCGCGCUCGGGUGCUUGCGGAGCGGCAGAUCGAGAUGGACUCGGAGGCGGAGGUCUACUCGUACUAGUUGCCAGUGCGCUGUGGUUGCCGCUGUGGUUGUUCAUUAUUCCCUGCUCAUUCGGUUUGUAGCAUAUGUUCCGCUAAUCGCUCGCAUCUAUAGAUUUAUUACACAGUAGCUCAUCGACAUCAUGCAUUGCAUAUGCUAAUUCAUCCAUGACAUCGCAUACCUUCUUUUCUGCUUUGAUGGCAUGGAACAC